CAUAUCAACAACCCUACAUUCCGCAGGCAUGAAAAAUCUAAAAGUUAAAGUAAUUUGUUUAUAAUAAAAGUGCCCAGACACCAUUCGCAUAAAAAUUUGGCUGCAGUUCAACGAUUUGGCAAACUGUGCUGCGACGAAGAAAUUGAAAGCAGCAACCACACAAAUAACAGCCAGCAGCAGUCCCAGUCCACUCCCAAGUUAGCCUGCAAUGUGCAGCUGCAGUGUAAGUGUACGAAAUGUCCCGGCUCGCUGAUUACUUUGUAAUUGUUGGCUACGAUAACGACAAAGAAAAGACUGUCGGUAAUGUCAGCGGUCAACCAAUAUGCGGCAAAAUUGUGCAACGUUUUCCCGAGAAAGAUUGGCCCGACACGCCCUUCAUCGAGGGCAUCGAAUGGUUCUGUCAGCCACUCGGCUGGAGUUUAUCGUACGAGAAACAAGAACCGAAAUUUUUCAUCUCUGUGCUAACGGACAUCGAUGCGAACAAGCAUUAUUGUGCCUGUCUUAGUUUUCAUGAAACCCUGGCCAUAACACAGACGCGCAGCGUGGACGAUGAAGAUGAGACCAUAGGUAACACCAGUAGAGGGCUUCCGGCUCCGGCAGCCGUGGAGCCUAUAACCCAUCACAGCAUCAUGUAUGCACCAAAAUGUUUGGUGCUCAUAUCCCGCUUGGAUUGUGCAGAUACUUUUAAGAACUGUCUUGGCACAAUCUAUACGGUUUACAUUGAAAACUUGCCAUAUGCAAUGGAGAAUCUGAUUGGCAAUAUACUCGGCUGCAUACAGGUUCCACCAGCGGGCGGACCACAAGUGCGCUUCUCGAUUGGCGCCGGUGACAAGCAAUCGUUGCAGCCGCCGCAGAGCUCCUCGCUGCCAAUAACUGGAAGCGGUGUUAACUUUUUGUUCAAACAGCUGGGCAUUAAGAAUGUGUUGAUUUUGCUGUGUGCCGUGAUGACUGAAAACAAAAUACUCUUUCACUCCAAGUGCUACUGGCACUUGACGGACAGCUGCAGGGCGUUGGUUGCGCUUAUGUAUCCAUUUCGAUAUACGCACGUUUAUAUACCAAUACUCCCAGCGCCGCUCACUGAGGUGCUUUCAACGCCGACGCCAUUUAUAAUGGGUAUACACAGUUCACUGCAAACGGAAAUUACAGACUUGCUGGAUGUGAUUGUUGUGGACUUGGAUGGUGGCUUAGUUACCAUACCGGAUGCUCUAACACCACCCGUGCCCAUUUUUCCAUCACCCCUGUGGGAGCAAACUCAGGAGCUUCUAAGCAUGAUAUUGUUUCCCAAUUUGUCGCAAGCAGAUCAUGCAUUUCCCAACCACGAGCGCCCAUCGUCCAUUCUUGCCAAGACGGAGGCACAAAUUGACAAGGAGCUGCGAGCAAUAUUCAUGCGUCUGUUCGCACAAUUGCUUCAAGGCUAUCGCUCAUGCCUGACCAUCAUUCGCAUUCAUCCCAAGACAGUCAUAACAUUUCACAAGGCUGGAUUCCUAGGUGCUCGUGAUCUCAUCGAGAGCGAGUUUCUGUUUCGAGUUUUGGACAGCAUGUUCUUUACAACGUUUGUUAACGAGCGUGGGCCGCCAUGGCGUGCAUCUGAUGCCUGGGAUGAAUUAUACAGCUCCAUGAAUGAGUUGCUUAAAUCGGAAGCGCAGAAUCGGAAUCUCGUCCUCACACAUAUCCAGGAGCUGGGCCGCACUCUAUACGAGAACGAAUCAUCUAAUGCGCACGUCACGUACGCUCAGAAAGUCCUACGGCCACCAGAGGGUGCUUUUCAGCGGAUCCAUCAACCCUCUUUUCCGCGCAUUAGCACUGAUAAAGUUGAGCUUAUCAUACAGGAUGGCAUCCGCAAGAAUGGGCAGUCGCAACGUUUUCAUGUCACACGCAAUCAGCAUCGUAUCAUACCCAUGGGACCAAGGCUACCUGAGGCGCUGGACGUUCGUCCCACAACGGUACACAACUCCGCCAGACGACUGGAAGUAUUACGCACCUGUGUGUCUUAUAUAUUUGAGAAUCGGAUUGCUGAUGCCCGAAAGCUGCUGCCUGCAGUGAUGCGAACUCUGAAGCAUCGAGAUGCCCGACUCAUUCUGUGUCGUGAACUUUUUGGCUAUGUCCAUGGCAACAAAGCUGUGCUUGAUCAUCAACAGUUUGAUCUGGUGGUGCGCUUUAUGAACAAGGCUCUUCAGAACUCGUCCGGAGUAGAUGAAUACACGGUAGCGGCAGCGUUAUUACCUAUGUCGACAAUAUUCUGCAGAAAACUGUCGAUGGGCGUGGUGCAGUUUGCCUAUACGGAGAUACAGGAUCAUGUUAUAUGGAAAAAUUUACAGUUCUGGGAGUCGACAUUCUUCCAGGAUGUUCAAGCUCAAAUUAAGGCGCUCUAUUUGCUGCAGCGUCGCCAAAACGAACACAACAAGGAGGCCAAUUGUGUGCUGGAUGAAGUGCCACUGGAGGAGCCAACAGCAUUAGAAAUCACUGCCGAGCAGUUGCGCAAGAGUCCAACCAUUGAGGAGGAGAAAAAGGCUGAGCUGGCCAAAUCGGAGGAGUCCACGCUCUAUAGCCAGGCUAUACAUUUUGCCAAUCGCAUGGUCUCCCUACUGAUACCGUUGGACGUCAAUGUGGAUGCGGCCAGCAAGCCCAAAUUGGCGUUUCGCCUUGAGGAGAAUCAGAGUGUUUCCAAUAGUAUUAUGGGCUCGCACAGCCUUAGUGAACAUUCUGAUGAGGGCUUUGAGGAAAACGAUGCUUUGGAGAUUGGCGUUACUGUGGGCAAGACAAUUUCUCGCUUCAUUGAUUGCGUUUGCACCGAGGGCGGCGUUACUUCGGAGCACAUUCGCAAUCUGCACGACAUGGUACCGGGCGUGGUACAUAUGCACAUCGAGUCGCUGGAACCAGUUUACCAGGAGGCCAAACGGCAUCCGCAUGUGCAAAAGCCCAAGAUUCAAACACCUUGCUUGCUGCCAGGCGAAGAGCUUGCAACAGAUCAUUUGCGUUGCUUCCUAAUGCCGGACGGACGUGAAGAUGACACCCAGUGUUUGAUACCAGCCGAAGGUGCUUUGUUUUUAACCAACUAUCGAAUCGUUUUUAAGGGUUCGCCCUGUGAUCCGCUCUUCUGUGAGCAAACGAUAGUUCGAGCCUUUCCUAUUGCAUCUCUGCUGAAGGAGAAGAAAAUCUCAAUGCUGUACCUGGCCCAUUUGGAUCAGACACUACCGGAGGGUUUGCAGCUGCGUUCCAGCUGCUUUCAGUUGCUCAAGAUUGCCUUUGACACGGAGGUUACGCUAGAACAAAUCGAAACAUUUCGUAAAACUCUGAGUAAAGCGCGACAUCCAUUCGAUGAAUUCGACUAUUUCGCUUUUCAGUCGUACGGCACCAUGCUGCAAGGGGUAGUACCGUUGAAGACCAAGGAAAAGUACUCCACGAUUAAGGGCUUUGCAAAGAAGACGCUGCUCCGCACCGCCAAGAAGGCCGGCUUCAAGCAGAAGGCGCAGACGAAACGCAAAUUAAUGCCAGAAUACGAACUGGGUAGCGGUGGAGGCAGCGCCGAUGCAUUGGAAACCCACUCGCUUGACGAUGAACUCGAGGAUGCUGACGAGUUUGAGAUACAACAGAACGAAGCUCUGCCACGCCUGUUGACGAGCAAGGAUAUCGAAAGGAUGCGUGAACGCAGCUAUGUGCGUGAUUGGAAGCGUCUCGGUUUCGAUGCGGAUGGACAACGCGGUUUUCGCAUCAGCAAUGCUAACGCAAAUUAUGUAACCUGCCGCACCUAUCCGGCCAUCAUUGUGGCGCCCGUGCAGUGCAGCGAUGCGGCCAUGACGCAUCUUGGGCGCUACUUCAAGGGACAGCGCAUACCGUUGCCCACUUGGCGACAUGCCAACGGUUCUCUGCUGAUACGUGGGGGCCAGCCAAAUAGCAAGUCGGUUAUUGGCAUGAUAAAGAACACAACGGGAGCAAAUACCAUAUCGCAUCAUGAUAUCACUCACUAUCCGGAGCAGGACAAGUAUUUUAUGGCGCUAAUCAAUACAAUGCCCAAACUAACACCCCUGGAUCAAUACACGGGAAUGAAUCUCUCGAUGAGCUCGCUGCUCGGCCAUGGAGCUGUGGGUGAGGAUCAUCAAUCGUUAACGCCAGAACUGAUGCGUAAGCAAAGGUCCAAUCUGAAUGUUCCGGAUGGCACCAAAUCAGGCGCUGCUGGCAACAAAGGUGGCACCAUGAAGGGCAAUGUCAGCAAUGCAUCCGUGCAUGCCUUCCGCAAGAUGCGACUUUAUGCGUUGGGUGAGAAAUCGCAGGCCAAAUCGAAUUUGAAUGGAGACUUCUGUGCGGACUUUAUACCCGUGGACUAUCCGGACAUUAGGCAAUCCCGUUCAGCAUUUAAGAAACUUAUGCGUGCCUGCAUGCCAUCUCAUAAUGCAAAUGAUGCGGAUGGUCAGAGCUUUGCCAAAAUGGUGGAGCAAUCCGAUUGGUUGCAGCAAAUCUCAACUCUUUUGCAGUUAUCGGGAGCUGUUGUCGACCUGAUCGAUUUGCAGGAGAGCAGCGUUAUGCUAUCAUUGGAGGAUGGUUCCGAUGUGACCGCUCAACUAUCAGCGAUUGCCCAGCUCUGCCUGGAUCCCUAUUAUCGUACACUGGAUGGCUUCCGCGUGCUCAUUGAGAAGGAGUGGCUGGCAUUUGGUCAUCGAUUUGCCCAUCGCAGCAAUCUGAAGCCGUCGCAUGCCAGCACGAAUAUUGCGUUUGCGCCCACAUUUCUGCAGUUCCUGGAUGUCGUUUAUCAGCUGCAGCGACAGUUUCCAGUUGCAUUUGAAUUCAAUGAUUUCUAUUUGCGUUUCCUGGCCUACCAUUUGGUAUCCUGUCGCUUUCGCACGUUCCUAUUCGAUUGCGAGCUGGAACGCUAUGACUCUGGGGUUGCGUCCAUGGAGGAUAAGCGUGGCUCUCUGAGUACCAAGCACUUGUUUGGAGGUGGAGGCGUUGCCAAUGGAUCCGAUGAUGAGUGCAAUGUUUAUCCGCUGGAUAUACGCAGUCCGCGAACGCCCACCCAGCUGAAUCGCAUUGGCCAUUCCAUUUUUGACUACAUUGAGCGGCAGCACAACAAGUCACCGAUUUUCUACAAUUUUCUGUAUUCCUCCGACAAGGAGGUGGUGCUGCGUCCGCAGAAUAGCGUUGCCGCCUUAGACUUGUGGACCUUUUACACAAACGAGGAGUUAGCACAAGGACCGCCCUACGAUCUGGAGGUGACCAAUGUCGACGACGAAAUCGAUCUUUCCGAAAUUAAGGGCAAGCGUAUGGUUAUCAGUGCUGGCUAUGACAACAUUGAGAAGUGUAAUCCCAAUGCAUAUAUUUGUCUGCUUAGUGAAGUUAGGCAGGCGGAAACGGAACGUGGACACUUGCCACAGAAGUGGCAACAGGUGUGGAACAAUCUGGUGGUGCCACCGGUGGAGCCCAUGUCACGCAAAACCUCGCUGAAUAGCAUGCUGGUGCAAACGCAACAACUUAAACGAUCCACACUCGAGAUUAUCAUUAAAGGACGUUUGGCUGGCUAUCAGGAUAAGUUCUUUCAUCCACAUCGCUUUGAGAAGCAUCCAUAUACAACACCCACCAAUUGCAAUCAUUGCACGAAGCUGCUGUGGGGACCCGUUGGCUAUCGUUGCAUGGAUUGUGGCAAUUCCUAUCACGAAAAGUGCACUGAACUUUCAAUGAAGAAUUGCACCAAAUACAAGGCCAUAGAUGGUGCCGUUGGGCCUCCAAAUGUCAAUAUGUCACAGGGUGACACGGCCAGCAUUGCCUCUAGUGCGGCCACCACAGCACGCACUUCCAGUCAUCAUUUUUACAAUCAAUUCAGCAGCAAUGUUGCUGAGAAUCGCACACACGAAGGACAUCUUUAUAAGCGUGGAGCUUUGCUCAAGGGCUGGAAGCAGCGUUGGUUUGUUCUCGACUCAAUUAAGCAUCAGUUGCGCUACUAUGACACCGCCGAAGAUACAGCUCCCAAGGGCUUUAUAGAGUUGGCCGAGGUGCAGUCAGUGACCGCCGCUCAACCCGCGCAAAUUGGUACAAAGGGCGUGGAUGAGAAAGGAUUCUUUGAUCUUAAGACAUCAAAACGAACGUAUAACUUUUACGCGAUGAAUGCAAACCUAGCGCAGGAGUGGACUGAAAAGCUACAGGCCUGUUUGCAGUAGUUCACAACCAGCAGAUGCAGCAACAUAUACCAAUUGUUAUUUAACCUGGCACUCUUCUCUCGUGGCUUCGGCAUAGUCAUUUGUUCUAUGCACUCUUCGCUUUCUGCUCCCCAAUUAAUGCUGAAUGUUUCGUUUUGUCUUAGGAAAAUCCAUUAACGUUAUUCUUAGCAUUUGUCUUUUGUGUAUAUGCGAGAGAGUAUUUAUUUGUAAAAUCGCGUAUUACUCUGGAUCUGUAGCUCUGUGUGUAUUAUUUAUAUCAUAAUCAUUUCUACAUAUAUAAGUUGAUUUAGUGUCAAAAGUUGUUUAUUAACACUCGCAUAAAGCAUAAAUUAUAUGAAUAUUUAGCAACAAUUAACGUAAGCGAUAAAAGC